AUGUCGGCGACUUCAAAAGUUAAACAGAAUAGUCGUCUAUCUGACCUUAUAAAUUAUAGGUUAAGAGUUAUAGCCCAAGAUGGAAGAGUAUACAUCGGUGAACUUCUUGCCUUCGAUAAGCAUAUGAAUCUUAUAUUAAAUGACUGUGUUGAAGAGCGGAUACCAAAGACACAGCAGAAUAAGAUUAGGAAAACAUCUGAUGAUAAAAUGCUCAAGGAAGCUGUGAAGAUCGAGAAAAGAACUCUUGGCUUAAUUAUCCUGCGAGGUGAGCACGUACUAUCUACUGUUAUAGAGGAUAAACCUUUAUUAACUAAAAAGGAAAGAUUGGCUAAGACAAAGAAAGAGGAGAAACAACUAUUAAAACAACAGAAGCAGAACAAGAAAGGAAAAGUAACAAAGCCACCUAAUUCAUCAACACCUACACAAGUCACAUCAAGUAGAUUCAAUAACGUACCACAGCAAACUAAAAAAUUUCAACCACCUCCAGGUUUCAAAAGAGGUAAGUUGCAGAGAUAA